UUUAUUUAUUGAAAUGUCAUAAAAACAAAAUGAUUUCGACAUACCAUCGCGUUUUGUUCUUUAUUGGACUGUAACAAUGUUUUUGAAAGAAAUAGCAUUUGCAUCGAUAUUUUUAUGUUUCGUUUGGUGUGAAAUCAAUAAAAGUAAAACAACAAAAGACGAUAUCAAACAUUGGGAAUCAGAAACAGUUGUUGGAAAAAAAUCGACAAGUAAGACAAAAGAAAUUGAUAAAAAUAAAAAACCAAAUCUUCGUCAACGACCAGUUAAAUCCAAAGUCAAAAAAGGUGAAAACAUUUCUAAGUGGCCCAAAGAAUCCAGAUAUCAAAAAAAGAAAGUAGCACCUAGAUACACUAAAAUGCAGAUGGUACAGCAACAACAUACAACAAUGUCUCCUCUUUUGGCGAGUGACGAAGAAAUAGAUGAAUUAAGCCCUUACAGUAUUAAAAAUUAUCUUCAACAUAUUGUGAAGAACAUUUCCGAUGCAAAUGUAACCGUCGAUGUAAUUGGCCGUACUGUUGAAUAUAACGACAUUGUCCUUCUUAAGAUAACAGAAAAAAUGGAGGACCCAACGAAACGAUAUUUCAGGGCCAAUGAAGGCAAAUAUGCUGAAGAUUCAGAAGAGAAAAAGAUUAUAUUUAUAAUACAUGGACUUAGUGUGAUGGGUGCAACAACACUACGAUGCCUAUCACAAGAAUAUUAUUUUCUUACGCUCUUAUCUUAUUAUACUAACCAUUUAGAUAAAUUCGAUAUAUUCCUAAUACCAAUGGCAAAUCCGGAUGGUAUUGCUAGACUUAGGAGUACCAGCCAGUAUGAAGAAACACUAAUCUGGAAUAAGAAUGCUUCACCUCAAAAUGACUGUCCGGGGGUCGCGUUAGACCGAAAUUUUGAUAUAGCGUGGAACAAUAAUGUUUCUAUCAACUCUUGUCACCAAGACUAUCCAGGCUCAGCUCCAUUUUCUGAAGCUGAAACAAGAGCAAUACGUGACAUAUUUCACAAAUACAGUCACAAAAUCAUUGCUUAUUUAAAUGUGCACUCUGGAACUUACGACCACACAACAUUCAAGGGUGAUGCAGUACUUUAUCCCAAAGGCUAUACAGACUCUGUAUCAGAUGAUGAUAAGUAUAUUGAUCUGAAGGCUGAAAUUGAUGAAGCUAUGAGAAACGCAAGUUUUCAGAUAAUAUCGGUAACUGUGGACACAUUGUACAGUUGGUAUGGAAAGGUUACUGGUACAAGCGUGGACUAUGCUUUAGAGGUUUAUGGUAUACCGUUUGCCUUAGAACUAGUGAUGCAAAUAUAUAACAUUCCGCAAGAUUACGAAGAUCAUCCCGACUACCACGAUAACGCCCUCGUUGAAGUGUGGGGCAGAGUUAUUGACGUCAUUUUUAAUUUUAUAUGGAAAACACAAAAUGGAAUCGAAGUUAAAUAAGAUCUUAGUUAGUUACAGUUAAUUAGUUUUUAUUUUUAUUUUACCACUUAUUAAAUUUUCUAUAUAGAAAGUUCGUACAUUACUUUUAUCAGCGAUUUUUAAAUAUUUUUACCUUGGUUCAAUUCGAGUAUUACGUUAUCAAAAUUUUAUUAUAAAAUUGAUGUAUUUUCUUAAUAAUCAUUAUAUACAACAUAUGUCUA